GCAAUGGUAAGUGUUCCAUAAUGUAAUGUGAAAUGUAUCAGUCAAAAUAGAUGCGCAGCUAUGGAUAUAUAUACAUGUCUUGCAGCCACCAGAAAGCAGACUGCAUCCAUGGGUACUGGUGGGGGACCGGUGCCGGAGGAGCUCACACCAGCUGAGAUCCUGGCCCUUGGGAUAAAUAAUGGGCCCAAGAUAGUUGGGAUCGAGGUGGGGAGCUCCUCCAACCCUUUGGCCCCAGAGAUCCGGGCCCCAUAUGUUGAAGGUAUUGUCAAUCACUGCCCCUAUUCUGGUGACAGACCCUCAUUAGGGAUAACUAACUAUGCACCUGUGUGUCUGAUAGUGACAGGGGAUCAAAUUAUUCUCCUUGACCCACCACAAGUGCACAUUGAAGAUGCAGCCGGGACCCAAGUCGACCCAGGAGAAGGCCCGAGCCAACAGCCACAUGAUGAUGAUGAUGACUAUGACGAUGAUGAAACACUCACCGGUCGAGACACUGAGCUCCAAGAUGAACCUAGGCCUUCCCCAGCUGGCAAGAGGACUACAUCUGCUGGACAAAGUGAAUAUCUCCUCCAUGCAACGGAGUAUAAGAGGCUACAGAUUAAGAAGAUCAAACUUGAGGUCAGGAAGAUGGAAAAGGAUCCUGACCUGCGUGACCCACCAACAUAACAUUCAAAUGUUUCAACACUACUAUGUCCUGUCUCACUUAGUCAGAGACACUGAACUUUGGUUUUGAUUGAUAUCACCUGCAGUAAAUUGUAGAAAAAGAUUCUAAAAAUGGAUUUAAGAAUUGAGCUCUUCAAAUUAAGCAAAAUGUGCAUCCCUAUAGAGGUCCCUCACGGCCCUCCCAUCCAUGUCCUCUGGCAUGGGAUUGGGGCCCUCCCAUCUCUCCUCCAGUGUGACGUCCAGGAGCCUCUCCCUGCGGAUGGUUGCGAUAUUAUGGAGGAUGGCACAGGCCACCAUGAUAUCGCAGGCACGUUCUGGAGAAACCCUCAGGUAUUUCAGACACUGGAACCUGUAGGUAUUGGAGCAAAAAGACAUUUGAAACUGUAGGGUUGUCUGGGCAGUAUUGUAGUUUGAAGGCUAUUAUCUGAAUAUGAGGCUGAACCUGGACUUUAGUUGGCCAAAAACCAUCUCAAUUCGUGCCCUGGUGGAAUUGAGGGCACCGUUAAAGGCCUCCUCUGCCUCAGUCCCUGGAUCGCUGUAUGGCGUUAAAAGGUAAGGAAGACGGGGAUAACCCCUGUCUCCAAGGAGGAUACCUUCAAACUCCCCUGCAGGGUGAGAAAGGAAUGAAUGUCAUGUACGUGACAUGACACAUUGAAACAUAAUGAAUGUUAAUGUUAAGAUAUUCUCUUACUUUGAGCAAGCCUCUGUGCCACUGAGCUUGACCUGAAGAUUCUGGCAUCAUGUACCCCCCCAGGCCAUUUUGCCUCGAUGUUUGUGAUUAAAUAAUUGGCAUCACAGAUCAUCUGUCAGCAUGUAGGGUAACAAUCGGUUAUGCUUGAGACUACUGUUGGGACAAUCAUGGCUUCAGUAGUAGGCUACAUACCUGUACAUUCAGACUGUGGUGAUUUCUCCGGUCCACAUAAUCUCUUUCCACUGGUCCGGAUGGGGCCACAAUUCUCACAUGGCUGCAAUCAAUGCAGCCAAGGACAUUGGGGAAGCCUAUGUGGAAAAAUGAAGGUACAACAUCAUCAACCUGUGGGCCACUUUACACUUUCCAUCAAAUGCAUUUGAAUGUCACAAACCUGCAAUUGCAUAGAAUGUCUCCUUGAUCCGCUGUGGGUCAUGAUGGCCAGGGAAGGUGAUGUAGAUGUUAAGGAACUGCUCAAGGGCCAGGUAGACUGCUCUUACCUGUAAUGUGUUUGCUCUGUGUCAUGUUUAAUGUAUAAAUAUGAAAGAGAACUAUGGAAAUUACUUUAUUUAAAUAAGUAUAUUACUUCAUUGCCAUCUGUCUCUGUUUCCAAUUAGUCAUGGCCUAUGACAAUAUGACAUCAUGGACACCCUCAUGUGAUAAUCACAAAUGAAUAGAGUACAUAUAAUUGUUACCUCUCUGCAAACAGUUACCUUGCUUAACUUCUCAGCAUCACCAACACUGUAGAGAAAUGUACCGCUGGCAAAGAACCGCAGUGCAAUACAGACUGACUGCACAGUGAUCAGAGACUGGCUGCGGCGAGUGACCCUCAUAAUGUGUGGUUCAAGCAAACUGCAUAAAUACACAAUGCUUUGCCUGCUGAACCGGUACCUCUCCCACAGGUACGCAUCUGUGUGGGUCAACGGGUUGGUCCUGUCCUGGAAGACCCUUGGUGCUGGUGGUGGUCGGAAGGCCCUUCCCCAUGCCGCCUGAAGAAGACCGAUUGCAGGACAGAGAAAGGCGACUAGAGCAAAGACGGCAACAGGUGAGAAGUCAUGUGAUUAAUUAGUCUUGUAGUCAACUAUUGCUUGCCGACUAAAGCAUAAUCCCUCCACUUAUUUCAGGAUUUGGAAGCGGUCCCUCCAAAAAAAUUUAGCUAUUCAGAAUCUGUUUCCGAAGUAUCAGGUAUUGUUCAAAGCAGUAUUAUUGUACACACAUCCAUCAAUGUUGUAGAGGUGGUUUUACAGUCAUUCUCCAUUUUCGUUAAAUGAGUAUACUUAAAAUCUGCUACUGAUCUUUUUUACAUCUUGCAUUGUUAUUGUGCCUAUAACAACCACAGUGUUUCCUUUCUAGAGGACGCUGAGACCUAGACCGAACAGGGAACGGGUUAUGUUGUCUGUUGUGGGCGUUUCUUAGUUCACUGUUUUCUGCCUUCUCCAACCUUUAUUAGGGCCCGACCACCAUGAAAGGUGACAUGUUUGAUCAUACCACCAGGAGAGCGAAAUACCUUGAUACUUGCCAUUGUAAAACAUUCAUGGAAGCUUAAGGAAUGUACUUGACUAGGCUAUAACAUCUAUCUUUUUUUUCUCUUUACAGAUCAAACAAGUUUAGGCCAGGGGUAAAAAUAAAAAUCAAUGAUGCAAAGUCUUCUGUCUUAGGUUUAUUUGACUUACCUAAUAUAAUUGAGUGUACAAAAUAAUGUGUCUAUGUAUAUACGGUUUGUCAGUCUCAGGAAAAUACUAUGAUGUAUGUAUGUAUGUGUAUAUAGAGAGAGAGAGAGAGUCAGGUUAAAUGCAGUUCAAAUUCAUUCAUUAGUCUUCUUUCUAAUUUUUCCGUAUUUCUCGUAGUUUUUCAAAUC